UUAUUAUUUUUUUUUAUUUAAAUAAACACCAUUAACUGAGUUUACAGAACAAAUGACUCUUAUGAGCAUGAGCAGUUUUUUAGAGAAUCAAAAACGGUUGUCUAGUAUUUUAUAAAUAAUAAAGAAUAAAAAAUUAAAUAUAUAAAGAGCCUCGCACAUGACUGAAAGAAUUCAUUCCCACAACUUAUUAAUUUGUUCUAUUGUUUUAGUAAAUUGAGGCCACGUUAUACCAAUCGUUCCCUCAUUUUGAUUUAACUAAAAGAAGGGAACGAAUUAUUACAACAUGGCUACGAUUCACUUAAAACGAGGGAACAAAUUGGUAAAACGUGCUGAUGUAUUAGUAAGUCGUGGGUGCGAAUUGUUAAUUCAUGGCCACGAUAUAUACAUAUUUUACAUGCAUAAAAUCUUACAUAUUGUGCCUUUAAAACAUAGAUAAGGCCAUCUGGAUUGCAUUUAUGCCAUCUAUAAAAAGACAGAAAAGUCUGUGUUAACACUCCUUUUGCACCCCCCAACCCCCAAAUGUUUUAGUAAUAUUAAGGAACUGGAAUUAUUAAAAGUAAUAAGAGCUGGAAUCGUUCUUUAAAAUUCUUUACGAUUCCCAUCCCUGAUCUGUGGCCAUUUGAGAAUAAAAAGAUGGCAUGAUGUCAUGAAAUAAAUGACAUAAAUUUGAAUUCAAGCAAGCAUGGAAAAACUCCUGAUGCUCAGCUUCGAUUGAUUUAUUUAUUCAUCUACAGCGGUUAAAUGUUGUGAUGUUUAUUAAUCAUCUUUUCCUAUUCUCUGGAGUAUUGUACAUUUGCUCUCCCAGUGGCGUAAUUCUGCUUAGCUUUGCUGCCUCUAAUGUUAAUUGCAUUUCAGCUCACCCUGCUUACCGUAUCUGACGAUAUUUCACAACCAGGGACAUUUCAACACAUCUUCUUGUUUUGGUUAACAUUUUUCACAAAGGCCGUGAUCCACCACCCUCUGUUUUUUGCACAACUCACUCUGAUUCUCUCAUUCCAAUUGCCUAUUGCUUCCUGUUGUGACCUGGUGCAUUAUGGGAGCUGAACCGGGUGCAUCUGGUGGAAGGGCCGUCUCCUGAGUCAGCCUCUUGCAUGAAUAGGCCUGCCACACAGGAAUGCGCUCCUACAUUUACAAUAAGAAUUCUCUGAUUGGCUCGCAGGCCGAGCACUGUGGCAUGAGGACAUACUUUUUCAGCGCCGACACACAAGAAGACAUGAAUGGCUGGAUCCGGGCCAUGAACCAGGCCGCACUGAUGCAAAGCCAUGGCGUGAAGAGAGAGACUGAAAGAAGCUCCAAACCUGAGCAGCAUGCAGUCCCUCAGACCAACCAUUUCAGCAGCAGCAUCAAAAGCUCCUCCCAGGCCGAGGGCCUCCAGCAGUCAGCUCAUGUGGAGGUGGCAGAACUGAGGCUGGAACGAGAUGGGGAGGAGUGCUACGUUUACAGCAAGGAAGUCUCGGAAGAUCCUGUUAAAACCAUUUCCCCUGGAGAGAUGGAGAUGGAGAUGGAGGGGCUUUCCCAAUCAGGUGCCCAUUCACGCCCGCCAUCCACGGCGCCCACUCACAGGAACGGGCUGCCCUCCUCAGGCAUGCCCCCUGAUCAGAACGGGAACAUGGUGUAUAAGAGGGGUCUCGUCCCCCGUACAGACACAGAGAAAAAGGUACAAAGGAAAACUGCACUGGCUCAGGUCGAGCACUGGGUGAAGGUGCAGAAAGGAGACCCCAAAAGCCAUCCCACUGCUGAGUACACCCUACCCAGACGGACGCCUCCUCUCCAGCCUAAGUCCGUCAUGAUGGAGACGUACCAGUCGUUGCCAAAGACCACUCGCCACCACUCCGGAGGCAGUUCCCCCCCAGUGCCCCGCAACCUGCCUAGUGACUACAAGUAUGCCCACGACCGUCUCAGUCACUUUCGUAUGUCCACUGAUGAGCGUCUGGCCACUAAAGAAGGCAUGGUGUGGCAGUUGUACGAGUGGCAGCAGCGCCAACAGUUCCGCCACGGAAGCCCCACCGCGCCUGUCUACACCGGGCCUGACUACAUGGACACGUCUGGCUUCAGGGUCACUCUGGAAAUGCCACGAUCCAUAUCUGUGCCCCCAUCACCAUCUGACAUACCCCCAUCUGGGCACCCUUCCAAGUCCUUGUCCCCACGCAGGCCCCACACUCCCGCCGACAGGGUGACGGUGCGCCCGCUGGAUGACUUUGCCACCGUGGAUACACCCAGUUUGGGUUCUCCCAGAGGAAUAUGUUCCCAGAUCUCAAAGACCUCGCAAAUGGAAAGGAGAUCCAUGCCAACAAUGGGCUACAUCACACACACAGUCAGCGCACCAAGUCUGCAUGGAAAAACGCCGGAGGAGUUGACCCUGCUGCUCAUCCAGCUCAGGAGACACCGGGCCAAGAUGGCCAGCGUGCACAGCGACACAUUCACACACCUGCAGAACCAGCACAACGGCCUCUCAGGCCCCAGUUUGCAGGCAGAUGACACUUACAUCCAGCUGAAGAAGGACCUGGAGUAUCUAGACCUGAAGGUGGGCUCUAGUGGAUCUGCCUUCACCUUCUUCCUCCGCCCAUCUUCUCCCUCUCUCUUCAAGGUAACUGGACGUGACUCUCUUAAAGAUCGACCACCUCGGCCUGUUAAAAUAGCUGAAAGUGACAUAGAUGUAAAGCUUAGUAGGUUAUGCGAGCAAGACAAGAUCCUACAGGAGCUGGAGGCCAGGAUACGCACACUCAAAGAAGAUAAGGACAAGCUCGAGUCUGUUCUGGAUGUUUCCCAUCAGCAGAUGGAACAGUACCAGGACCAGCCCGCCCAUGCAGAGAAGAUCGCCUAUCAACAGAAGCUGUUACGGGAGGAUGUGGUCCACAUUAGGGCGGACAUCUCACAGGUGUCCACGGAGAUGGAGAACGCUUGGGCAGAGUACAACCACUUGGAGAGAGAUGUCGACAGACUGCGUUCAGCCCUUCAAGACCAGAUGACCCACAGUUCUCUCUCUCAGCAGGAGAAAUCUCAACUGAGGAAGGAGCUGUGGAGGAUCGAAGACGUGCUUGCAGGCCUGAGCUCCAGCAAAGCCAACUACAGAGUGACCAUUGACUCUGUGCGGAAUCCAGGUGAGAGCGGGCCCCUGCCUGCCAUCACCCCCAUGCACUGGAACACAGACCGAGAGAGGAAACUCGUGCCUUCAGCGUCAUUGUCCACUGUGCCUUCGCUAUCUGCGAGCCCAUCCAUGGGUGAACUGAAAGCUGCUCAGUCCAGUCCCCAUCUCAGCCCAAUGCAGUCUACCCAGCAGUCCCUGCAGCUCUCGCAUCCAGCCCACAAACAAAAAUGGCCUGAGGAAGAUGCUCCACCCAGACCCCCCCUCCCUCACCUCUACAGCCCAGAUGAACACCCCCCAGCUGUGCCCCCUCUCCCCAAAGAGACCUCCGUCAUCCGCCACACAUCGGUCCGGGGCUUGAAACGACAGUCUGAUGAACGGAAACGUGACCGUGAGAUCGGGCAGUACACUAACGGAGAUCAUAAGGUUGAGAUACGGGCCUUCCUCAGUGAGCCUGAACUGCUGGCAGUUGGUGGACAAAUGGGUGGCUUGAGCCGUGAUAGUGGCUACCAAACUCUACCAAACAGAGGUUUGACUGGCUCAUCUUCAAGACUGAACCAGUCAUCAAACAUUUCAUCGUUCGUCACCCUCAGAAGAGGAAUUACCACCACAAGCUUGAAGGAGAGACCAAAGAGUGCCUUGGAGCGACUAUACUCUGGGGAGAUUGUGCAGCAGCGUGGCCGCAUGAGCGCCGAAGAGCAGCUGGAGAGGAUGAAGCGCCACCAAAAGGCUCUCGUACGGGAGCGCAAGAGAACGCUCAGCCAGGGCGAACGGCAGGCCUCCACAUCUCGUGCCUCCUCCUCCUCCGCAUCCAGACCCGUGUCUGCAGACCUGGGAUCAUGGAGGAGAGAGCAGGACUUUGAUUUGCAGCUACUGGAGCGGGCCGUGCAGGGUGAGGAGAGACCCGUCGAACACAAAGAGAGACAGCGCUCUCACUCAGACGAAUGGCUUACUCUGAGCAGCACACCCAUGAGAGAGUUGGAUCUGGAGCCUCUGGACUACCAGCUGGACCUCAGCAAAGAGCUGUCAAAGCCUCAAAAGGUGGCCAUCCCUGAGCGCUAUGUGGACCUGGAUCCAGAGGAGCCCCUCAGCCCUCAGGAGAUGGAGGCCCGACAUCGUAAAGUGGAACGAAUCAAGAGCAUCCUGGCUAAGUCUAGUGUCCAGAAUAUACCUCCUCCGGCAGCAGUAGACAAGCCAGUGCUUCCGGACAUAGACUCUGCUCUACAAGAGCAGGAGAGAAUCAUCACCAUGUCCUAUGCCUUAGCAUCAGAGGCCUCACUCAAGAGCAAGCAAGUGGCAGCCUCACCGCCAGUUAACAGUCCCACCUCACUCCCUCAACCUCCACCACCUCCUCCUCUUCCUCCCCCCGCUCCUGUUGCCGUCUCUACGGCUCAGUCUGCUCCCCCUCCCCUGAGCAAUGGAUUUCACUACACCUUUGUCUAAUCAGAGAAAAAACAAACCAAAGCUGUGUCUGGAUAUUGAGGUGCUGUCUCAUUCUGAAAACCCCACUCGUGGUGGACAAACUUAAACUCAGCUUAUCGAAUCACAUCGCUCACAUUUAGAGAUGACGCUAGCGCACUUUUGGACUCACAUGGGAACUCACUUCUGAAAUGCAUUUUUGUAGAGCUAUUAUUUGAUAUGGACUUUUUGCUGUGGAAACUGCUGUGCAUAUGCUGUACAAAAUCUAACCAUGAUAACCCAGAUAUAGAGAGCCAUUUUAUAUACAUUAUUGCACUUUUAAUAUGCACCGUAUUGUAGAGAACAUUUAAAAGCUCAUGUUUUACUUCUCAAGGCAAGACAGAAGUUUGGAUGGAUUUCAUUUUGAAAUACAAUGGUAACAUGACAAUGACAAAAAAAAGUGUUAUACAUGUGACAUAUUAUGAACAUGAAGGGUACAAAAAUGUCAAAUGUCGAUUGUAUUUUGUCAAUUCAGAUGUUAUUCUUACACCAAAUCACUUGAAAUAUUAUUUUUAUGUAUCCAGCACUGCCAGUUUCCAGUUAGCUUGCCAAAUGCAUUUUAUUUUUGUUGACAAAGUUAGGGGGGAAAAAAUAACAUAAAAUAAUAUUUUCAGACAGGAUUUGUGGGAGAGGGGUUGGGGAGGGAUAUGCCGCAUACUUUUUUUUAAGAAACUGUAAAUAUUAAAGAUAUUAACAAGC